AUGAGCACAACGCUGCUCAAGAGACAGCAACAAAUGUGUAACUUUAUCACCUGGCGCGAGUACACUGUCGUGUAUAGAAGAUACGCGAGCCUGUACUUCAUCUUCUGUACAGACAACAUCGACAACGAGUUGAUCACUCUGGAGAUCAUGCACCUGCUGGUGCGAGCGCUUGAUCGAUACUUCGACAGCGUGUGCGAACUCGACCUCAUCUACGAGUUCGAGCGGUGCUAUGGUAUCGUGGAUGAGAUGUUCAUGGGCGGCGAGCUCCAGGAGACUGUCCUUACCGAGAUCACCACGCAAGCGGCCGAGUGCGAGAUGGACGAACUGACCAGGGCGCUCAACGAGGCCAACCUCCUCUGA